AUGUCGUACAACAGCCACCCCAAGUCACGGCAGACCAUCUUGCCCUCGCAGAUGGUCAGAGAUGGCGCGACAGCAAGCAUUCGUCCAGGGUCAGGUCUGGGUCAAAGCAACAACCACCAAUCUGCUCUGCAAGCACGAGUGAACGAGAAGAGAUUGGAGCUGGAGUCACUGAAGCAGCUACGAGACUUGUCCGCUGGUCUCGCUGGGCAGAUGCAACAGCUGGAGGAGAAGCUCAUCACAUUGAGUGACGGCACCGAGGCAGUCGCCGCUGUGAUGGGCAACUGGAACACUGUACUAAGGGCGGUGUACAUGGCAAGUCAAGCUAUCCCGAAGCCGAAGGCAGAGGGAGACAUAGCUGGCGACAAGAAGGAAGACGCAUUGCCGCAGACUCUCGUUCGAAUCCCGAUUCAGCAGGCCCAAGCUGUGCAGCGCGAGCAAGCAGAGAGGGAGGCCAAUGCUGGUUGA